AUGCAAAUGCGAACACGACUUACCAGUGAAGAGGAAGUUUCAAUAAUGGUAGCAGCCUUGAAGAACGUCAUAACUGGUGGCGCUACGGCCACUUCCGCCAUGGACGCCUACCAGGAGUUUUCAGCUGUUUCCAGUUCACAGUUUUAUACGAGGGAGCCAAUUUUUCAGGUUUCUGAGGAUAUAGAAAGUUGUCAGACUUGCAGAAUUAAAGGGUGUUUGGGAUGCAAUUUGUUUGGGAGAGAAGAAAACGAGAAGAAGAAAAUUGGGUUGCAGAAGAAGAAAAAGAAGAAGAAUUACAGAGGUGUGAGGCAGAGGCCCUGGGGAAAAUGGGCAGCGGAGAUAAGGGACCCACGAAAGGCGGCGAGAGUGUGGCUGGGUACAUUUCAGACGGCGGAGGAUGCAGCCAGGGCAUAUGAUAAGGCGGCUAUUGAGUUCAGAGGUCCAAGAGCAAAGCUUAAUUUUCCUUUUGCUAAUUACACCGCCACUCAAACGGUGGAGCAGGUGUCGGCGACUCAUCAACCGACUUCAUCUUCUCAUGAUCAGAAAAUUCAAGAAAACUCCAGAAUGCAUGUUGAAACGAGCAACAACGAUAACAAACUAAGUCCCAUCUCUAAUAAUUUCGAAUUCAGCAAUGGAACAACAAGCAGAGACGAGGAUUUCUGGAAUCUUCUUUUUGAGAAAGAUGAAAUUCAAGAAUGGAUGACGAUAAUGGAUGGUGGAUUCUCUAAUUCUGGCUCGAGUUAA